ACGCGGGCGGUUUCCAUGGGAACACUGGAGGAAGGAGGGGGAGAUUACCUAGCAACCAGGAGAUGCCGCGAGGCUCAGCCAAGCGGUCGACAAGUACGUUCCCAGAGCCGAGGAACCUGAGCUGACAGAUCCCCAACAGAGGCGAUUCCUAGUAGACCUAACUCUUUGCGGUCCUCGGCCUCAACCCAGUCAUGACGUCUCCCCUGUGCUGGGCGGCCUCCGCCAACGCCAUGCCUUCUCAGGACCAGGUUUCAGCCUCCUCCAAAGGCAGGGGCAAUCAGGCUCAGGCCAAGGGGCAUCCCCAAGGCAAGGGCUCGGUGCAGGCCUGGCAGUCACUCCAUUCCAAGGCAGGACCCUUCCAUGCCAGCGAAGGGAAGUCCACUGUGCACACGCAGGUGGCUGAGUUACAAAGGAAGAUUCAACUAUUAGAGGGUGACCGGAAGGCCUUUUAUGAGAGCACCCAGUGGAACAUCAGGAAGAAUCAGGAGACCAUCAACCAGCUCCGAGAGGAGACCAGGGUGCUACAACUACAGCUGGCAGACCUGCUCCAGGGAGAUGAGAAAGUGGUCCAGGCAGUGAUUCGGGAAUGGAAAUCAGAGAAGCCAUACCUGAAGAACAGGACAGGCCAGCAGGCCCUGGAGCACCUGGACCACCAGCUGAGUGAGAAGGUGAAGCAGCUGAAUGCUCUUCGGCACCAGCUGGGCUUGCGGCAGAAGUGGCUGGAGGAGCUCCAGCUGCAGCACAGUCUGCGUGAGCUGGAGAUGGCAGAGGCACAAGAUAGGAACACGGAGGUGGCCAAGACCAUGCGGAACCUGGAGAACCGCCUGGAGAAGGCCCUGAUGAAGGCCGAAGAGGCAGAACACAUCACCAAUGUGUACCUGCAGCUCAAGGCCUAUCUACAGGAGGAGAGCCUUCACUUGGAGAACCGGCUGGACUUCAUGGAAGCUGAGGUGGUGAGAACGAAACAUGAGCUGGAGGAACUGAACGUGGUGAAUCAGGAAGCACUCAAUGCCAGGGACAUAGCCAAGAACCAGCUGCAGGAUCUAGAAGAGACAGUAUUACGAGAGCGCAAGAAGCGGGACCGAUACCUGACCGAGUGCAAGAAGCGCGCUGAAGAGAGAAAACUCCAGAAUGAACGCAUGGAGCGAAAGACCCAGCGCGAGGACGUGCUGCUGCACUCCGACGACACGCUCCAGGACAGCCAGCGCUCCAAGGAGGAGGAGCUGCGGCGGCGCUGGAGCAUGUACCAGAUGGAAGUGCUCUUCGGCAAGGUCAAGGACGCCACCGGCGUGGCAGAAACACACGCGGUGGUGCGGCGGUUCCUGGCACAGGGAGAAACCUUCACACAGUUGGAGACACUCAAGAUCGAGAACGAGCAGAUGCUGCUGAGGCUGAAGCAAGAGAAGCAGAGGCUGCAGAAGGAGCUGGAAGACCUCAAGUACUCAGGAGAGGCCAUGCUGAUGAGCGAACAGAAGCUGCAAGUCGAGUUGCAGGAGCGCAUCAAGGCGGAGGAGCAGCGGCGUGCUGAUGUGCAGGAUAGGCUGGAGCGUACCAUGCGGGCAAUGCAUAUGACCAAGGAGGCCCUGGAACACCUGGCAAGCAAGCUAGACCACAUCACAGUAGCAGACUCCGCCCCUGAGGAAGCUCCGCCCAGAGCCCCGCAGGACGUGAGAGGCAGCUCCACCAUCACGCAGGAGGCCAGCGGCUUCGCGGGAAAGGAGCUGGAUCCCAAGGCAAGUGACUAUUUGCCCAACCUACUGGGCCUCGUGGAGGAAAAAUUGUUGAAGCUGCAGGCGAAACUCCAGAACCACAAUGUGCCAGAGAUGCUGCGCCACAUUGCCGACCGAGAGUUCUUCUCCACCCUAGAGGGAAAGCUGCCUUCCUACAACACCCGCAUCGCCCUGCCUCUUGCUGGUCACAAGGACAAGUUCUUCGACGAAGAGGAGAGUGAGGAGGAAGACAACGAGGUGGUGACCCGUGCAGCGCUCAAGAUGCGUUCCCAGAAAUUAAUCGAAUCCCGCAGCAAGAGGCGCGGUCGCUCUCGGAAGUCCUAGACGCGCCCUCGCGCCCACCUGGCGCUUCCGGGCCCCUGCGGAGCACCCCCACCCCAAUCCCUCUGGGCCCAGCUGCGGGCCCAAAGGGGGGCCCCUUCAAGGGCUGAUCGCAGCCCGCACAAGGGAGCCGACUGGGCGGGUGACGCGAGGAGUGGAGAAGGGGGCUGGGCCGCCGGAUGUUCCCACAGUAAAUCUCAGGCUGGUCCGCACCAGCCUCAGAAUCGCGCAAUAAAGGUCACCAACAAGCCC